UUUCAUCCAUCGAUAUAAGGGCUUUACAGUUCUUUAAACGAUAUACCGACGGGUAAUUUUCGUGCGGUCGUCCUUCGUCCCAUUUAAAAUUAUUUCCCCCGUCGCCGCGGUGUAGCCUCCGUCGCUUCUCAAUUCGUCGCUUUUCCUUCCACCAUUGCCAUUGGUCACGCUCUGGAAGCCCUAGUUCCGGACCUCUUUAAUCCGAUGAACGAAGACAUGGAAGGAGUACCAGCCGCUGUUGGUGGUGAAGGGAUGACUGUGGGGGCUCCGGCGCCGGCGCCCGUGGUGAACGCGACUUUGAAUGUGAGCGCGCCUCCGCCGUUCCUGAGCAAGACCUACGACAUGGUGGAUGACCCGGCGACUGAUUCAAUCGUUUCAUGGGGUCCGGGGAACAAUAGCUUUGUGGUAUGGAACGUGCCGGAGUUCUCAAGAGAUCUUCUUCCCAAGCACUUUAAGCACAACAACUUCUCGAGUUUUGUCCGCCAGCUGAACACCUACGGUUUCAGGAAAGUUGACCCCGAUAAAUGGGAGUUUGCAAAUGAGGGUUUUUUGAAAGGCCAAAAGCAUUUGCUGAAGAACAUUAACAGGAGAAAACCCUCCAGUGCUCAUUCUCAGCAGCAGAUGCUGCCCCCAAAUACACCCAGCAGUGCUUUAGGAGCUUGUGUUGAGGUGGGAAAGUUUGGACUCGAGGAAGAGAUCGAGAGGCUGAAAAGGGACAAGAACGUUCUCAUGCAAGAACUGGUCAGACUUAGACAUCAACAGCAGGGGACGGAUAAUCAGUUACAAACACUAACUCAAAGACUACAAGGAAUGGAACAGCGUCAGCAACAGAUGAUGUCAUUCUUGGCCAAGGCCAUGCAGAGUCCUGGUUUCCUAGCGCAAAUAGUGCAGCAAAAUGACAGCAACCGUCGUAUUGUUGGAGUUGGCAAAAAACGAAGGUUACCCAAGCAAGAAAACAAAUUAGAAGGUGAGAGCAGUGCCUCCCCAGAUGGUCAAAUAAUCAAGUACCAGCCCCUAAUGACUGAGGCAGCAAAAUCUUUGCUAAUGCAGAUUCUCAAGCUCGACUCAUCUCCCAUGCUAGAAUCCCGGGGCAAUGCUGAGGGUUUUCUUAUUGAUAAUUUCUCUUCACAUAACGGAUUGAGUGCUUCUGAAAAUCGAAACUCAUGGGUCACCCUCAAGGAAGUUCCAGCCACCUCUGUGCCUCCUUACUUACCACAAAGCUCUGGUUUUCCAGCAAUUCAUCCAUCUUCCGCAGGCAUUGCGGACAUACCAGCAACGUCGGGAAUCCAUGAUAUCGAUUUGCUUUCUGUUGUUCCAGAGCCCAUGUCUUCUAGCUCAACAAACAUGAGCGCUCAUGAAUCCACGAAGGUUCCUGGAAUGAUGCCUACUGAUGACCACCUUGACGUUGCAGUUGAUGCCUUUGCGCCACUAGAACCAAAUAUAUUCCUUGGUGAAUUUGCAGUAGUUGAUGAAUCAGUUCCAAUUGAAACUGAGAACUUCUCUCUCGAUUCAGAGAUUGACAUCCCCAUUGGUGAUGACUCAAAGCUUCCUUGUAUCAAUGAUUCAUUCUGGGAGCAGUUCCUCAUGGAGAGUUCACUGUCCGGUGAUGUUGCCGAGCAAGUUGAUGACUCGAGCAUACAGGAAACCAGCGACAUGACACCAGAAACGGAGAAUGUCUGGGACAGUACUCACCACAUGCAACAUCUCACUGAGCAGAUGGAGCUUCUGUCACAAGAGGCUAAGAAGUGAUACAUUUUAUGUGCUGCUGACUUUUCCUGGUGCCAGGCAAUCAGUGUAGUUUCUUGAAAUAUCGCUGGCAAGUUCUCUUUCUGGAUGCAAAAUGCAUAUAAUCCAGCAAAAAGUACAGUUGCAGUUUAUAAUCUGCAUUGUGGAUCGCUGUGUCAAGUUUUUUCUGUAUCUUACAAAGUUGAUCUUCUGUUCCUCUUCGCCUCGCUUCCAUAAAGGCAAGUUUUUUUUUUGGUGACUAAUGAUUGAUCUCUUGUUAGAUAUGAGAAGCCUUACGUGUAUUUUUUUGUCCUGCUAUGUUGAAGAAUUUGAAUUCUGACUAAAGUCUAGUGAAGGUUAUCUUCGGUAGAGAGCAGUGUUCAGUACAAAGGAAUGCGCAAGCAAAUGCUUAGUUUUCCGGGAAUGAAUCCCUUUCUUUGCCAUUUAUCAACCCAUUAUUCUGUGCAAUGGAUGGCUUGGUUGAGCGAGAUUGCUCCUUUUUGCAUA